AUGACGACCUCGUACUUACGGGAGGGUGGCCCGACUGAUAGCAGUGGAGCUGAAGUUGGUAGUGAAUAUUCAGAGGAAAGGCAGAAUUUGCAGCCUCAUCAAGUGUUUCAUCCUCCCUCGCAACAUCACUUCCGGCGUGGUUUGAGUAUGGAAUUGGCCGAUUCCACGUGGCAACUUGAACAAUAUGAGUUGGAUCGCUGUUUGAUUGGUUAUGUUGCCGAUGUUCGUCGUUUUGGCUCCUAUCUUAUGCAAAUGCAUGUCAAUGAACUAUGGAAUUUGGAGGGGGCCGUCCAUGUUUAUGGUCGUAGUAAAAAUCAUUAUGUUUUUCUGUUUGAACAUCUCAGCGACAUGCAUCGUAUUGCUGAAAAUGGUCCAUACGCUCUCCAAGGGGCUCUCAUUAUUGUUGAUUAUUGGAAGCCAGAUUUAAUUCUAGAUCGGUUGAUUUUUGACAAAAUGAUGGUUUGGGUUCAACUCCAUGGGUUACCGUUAGAAUGUUUCACGGAAGAAGCUGGGUUCAGUCUCGAACGGGCGGUUGGCGACGUGGUUAAAGAAGAUAUGGACUCUCUAAUGCCUCGCAAUAUUCGCUUUCUUCGUAUCCGUGUAUGGGUUUUUCUUGACAAGCCUUUGCGUAGUGGUUUCUUCCUCAAGCUUCAUGAUGGGCACCAACAUUGGGUCCGUUGUUGUUAUGAAAGGGUGUGCAAGGUCUGUCGGAAUUGUGGUCGCAUAGGCCAUACGAUUACAACAUGUUCCCUAUCGUUUGCAGAGGCUCAACGGUUUCUCGAUGACCAUUUCUAG